AUGCGGUCUUCAGUCUCUACAGCGACGGUGCCGUCCAAGGAGCCUGUGCCCCGAGGUUUCACGGUCAAGGCAGAGAAGCAGGAAGAGCCAAUGGUCGAGAAUGAACACGACCACUUUUUCUGGACAUACACCGAGGAGCCGCACAGGACACGGCGCAUGGCUAUCAUUAAGGCACACCCAGAGGUGACGAAGCUCUGUGGCCCUGAGCCUCUUACCAAAUACGUGGUCCUGCUCGUCGUAUCCAUCCAAGUCCUAUGUGCAUACGCUCUGCGCAAUACACCCGUUAUAUCAUGGCCCUUUUUCCUCACCGCAUACGUCAUUGGUGCUACGGCCAACCAGAAUCUCUUUCUCGCCAUCCACGAGAUCUCACACAAUCUGGCCUUCCGAUCGCCAUUGGCAAACAGGGUCUUCGCCGUCUUUGCGAACCUGCCAAUUGGCAUCCCGUACAGCGCCUCGUUCAGGCCCUACCAUCUGACACACCACAAGUCGCUGGGUGUUAAUGGUCUCGACACAGAUCUGCCCACCGCCUUUGAAGCCAUCUUCCUCGACUCGGUCGCCGGCAAGGCUUUCUUCGCGACCUUCCAGAUCCUCUUCUACGCCCUGCGACCCAUGUUCGUCUACGCCCUGCCAAUGACCAAGAUCCACCUCUUCAACGUCGUCGUACAGCUAGUCUUCGAUUACGCACUCGUUCGAUUCACAGGAGGAAGGGCCUUGGGAUACUUGAUCAUGAGCAGCUUCCUCGCCGGCUCUCUCCACCCCUGCGCCGGCCACUUCAUCGCCGAACAUUACGUUUUUGAGAAGCCCAACAAAGACGCUGCGAAUCCCGCCAACAAGAUUCCGCUCCCGGAAACAUACUCGUACUACGGACCUCUGAAUUUCUUCACCUACAACGUUGGCCUGCACAACGAGCACCACGACUUCCCUGCCAUCCCCUGGACGCGCCUACACACCUUGAACCGCAUCGCGCACGACUUCUACAAAGACUUGCCACAACACAAGAGCUGGGUGUACGUUUUGUGGCAGUUCAUCUGGGACAAGGACAUCAGCCUUUGGUGCAGGGUCAAGAGAGAGGAGGGUGGACGCAAGGUCGGUGCUGGGAGCGGGUGGAACGAGGAAGAGCUGGGCUCGAACGAAAAGAAGGGCCCUAUUCCUGGUGUGUUAUAA